AUGUCUACCUCCCCCAUCGGCUUCACCACCAUGCCCAAGCUCCUCCCCGUGACGGGCUCCUUCGCCCUCCCCUUCACCGCCUACUUCACCCUCCUCUCGCUGCGCGUCGUCCGCCAGCGCCUCAGCAGCAAGAAGUAUCUCGGCGACUCCUCCGGCGCCGCCGGCGCCGCGGCCGACCCCUCCUCCGACGCGCUCUACGUCGCCUGCCGCGCCCACAGCAACUACGUCGAGGGCGUGCCCCUCGCGCUGCUGCUCGCCGCCCUCGCCGAGCUCAACGGCGCCAACCGCCGCGCGCUGACCGCCGCGCUGAGCGCCCUCUUCGUCUUCCGCGUCCUGCACAGCGAGGCCGGCAUGUUCCUCAAGGGCGCCAUGGGCGGCGGCCGCCCGCUGGGGUACUUUGGCGGCCUGGGCGUGACGGCCGGGCUCGCGGGCUAUGCUGCGUAUCUGGUCAAGGGGUACUGGGGCUUUUAA